AGUCGUUGAUGAAAGAAAAGUUACAGAAGUGGAAAAUGCAGACGUCACAGAACAAUAAAUUAUCACAUUCCCAAGGAUCGAACAAUCAAAUACGGAGCAAUCAAUAGAUAUAAAUAUAAAAGAAAUUAAAAAGGCUGGAAUAAUGUUCCUAGCUCCUGCAUGGCGUUCAUACAUUGGAACCGUAUAAAGCUUACACGAGGAUCCCAUUUUCCUUUCAUUUUUAUGCUCUCUUUCUUUUGCUUUAGAUUCUCUCCUUUUCUCUCUCCUCAACACCCCCACUAAUCAAUAUUCGCUUCUCAACUUGUUCCCACUUUUUCAAUGAUUUCUGGGUUUUGAUCAAUUUUUCAGAAUUUGUUGAGUUCAUCCAAGGAAUCUCAUUCGAUUUCUCACGGUUGUAAUUACAGGAUUGAGCAUAUGCCUGGAAACAAGUUUAACGGUAAUUCUAACGUACCGACUAGUAGAAUAUCCCGGCUCUUGGAAUUGAGGCAGUUAAAAAGAACAAGCAGGGCAUCACUUAAUGAAGUUUCGGAUAAUAGCAACAGCCCGGAACCUGGCAGCGGACAUGAUUUUUCACGGGUAGAACAAUACUUGGAAGAUGCCGUGGCUGGGAGUCCUCCUACCCAAAGAUUGUUAGUGGUUGCUAACCGUUUACCAGUUUCUGCUGUUAGAAGAGGGGAAGACUCUUGGUCAUUGGAGAUUAGUGCUGGAGGUCUGGUUAGUGCUCUUUUAGGUGUCAAGGAAUUUGAGGCAAGGUGGAUUGGAUGGGCUGGUGUUAAUGUUCCUGAUGAAGUCGGACAAAAAGCUCUCACAAAGGCUCUUGCAGAGAAGAGGUGCAUACCUGUUUUUCUUGAUGAGGAGAUUGUGCAUCAGUACUAUAAUGGAUACUGCAACAACAUAUUGUGGCCUCUUUUUCAUUAUCUUGGUCUUCCUCAAGAGGAUAGACUUGCUACCACAAGAAGUUUCCAAUCUCAGUUUGCUGCUUACAAGAAGGCGAAUCAGAUGUUUGCUGAUGUUGUAAAUCAACACUACGAAGAAGGAGAUGUCGUUUGGUGUCAUGAUUAUCAUCUCAUGUUCCUCCCUGAGUGCCUAAAAAAGCAUAACAGCAAGAUGAAGGUUGGGUGGUUUCUCCACACCCCGUUUCCUUCCUCUGAAAUCCACAGAACCUUGCCAUCUCGUUCAGAACUGCUCAGUGCAGUUCUUGCUGCUGAUUUGGUUGGUUUUCAUACGUAUGAUUAUGCGAGGCACUUUGUCAGUGCUUGCACUCGUAUUCUUGGGCUUGAAGGCACACCUGAAGGUGUAGAGGAUGAUCAAGGCAGAUUGACCCGUGUGGCUGCUUUUCCUAUUGGAAUUGAUUCUGAUCGUUUCAUUCGAGCACUUGAAGUUCCUCAAGUUCAAGUGCAUAUCAAAGAACUAAUGGAAAGAUUUGCUGGUCGGAAGGUAAUGCUAGGUGUUGAUCGGCUUGAUAUGAUAAAAGGAAUUCCACAAAAGAUACUUGCCUUUGAAAAAUUUCUGGAGGAAAAUCCUUACUGGCGGGAUAGAGUUGUUCUGCUCCAAAUUGCUGUUCCAACAAGAACAGAUGUGCCUGAAUAUCAAAAACUUACAAGUCAAGUUCAUGAGAUAGUCGGACGUAUUAAUGGAAGAUUUGGAACUCUAACUCGUGUUCCUAUACAUCAUCUGGAUCGUUCUCUGGACUUCCACGCAUUAUGUGCUCUAUAUGCAGUGACUGAUAUAGCACUGGUGACUUCAUUGAGAGAUGGCAUGAAUCUGGUCAGCUAUGAGUUUGUAGCUUGCCAAGAUGAGAAAAAGGGUGUGCUUAUUCUUAGUGAGUUUGCUGGAGCUGCACAAUCUUUAGGAGCUGGAGCUCUCUUGGUAAACCCCUGGAAUAUCACAGAGGUAGCUGCUGCAAUUGGUAAAGCCUUAAAUAUGUCAGAUGAAGAGCGAGAAAAAAGGCAUCAAAUUAACUUUUUACACGUAACAGAGCAUACUGCUCAGGAGUGGGCAGAAUUUUUUGUAAGUGAACUGAACGACACAGUUGUAGAGGCACAAUUGAGGAUAACACAAAUUCGCCCUGCGCUUCCAGUUGAAUGUGCUGUGAACAAUUUCCUGGAUUGUAGUAAUCGACUACUCAUACUGGGAUUCAAUGCUGCGUUGACGGAAACAAUUGAUACUCCUGGUAGACGGGGCGGAGAUCAAGUGAAGGAUAUGAACUUUAAGUUGCAUCCAGAGCUGAAAGGGCCUCUGAGUGUGCUUUGCAAUGACCCUAAAUCAACCAUCGUUAUCCUCAGUGGAAGUCGCAGAAGUGAUUUAGAUAAUAACUUUGUGGAGUAUGACAUGUGGUUGGCAGCAGAGCAUGGAAUGUUCUUACGGCAUACAAGAAGGGGAGAUUGGAUGACGACGAUGCCUGAGCAUUUGAAUCUGGAUUGGAUUCCUAGUGUAUAUCAUGUUUUUGAGUAUUUUAAGGAAAGAACUCCUCGUUCGACUAUUGAGCUUCGUGAUACUUCCCUUGUAUGGAAUUAUAAAUAUGCUGAUUUUGAGUUUGGAAGAUUGCAAGCAAGAGACAUGUUACAGCAUCUUUGGACGGGUCCUAUUUCAAAUGCAUCAGUUGAAGUUGUGCAAGGUAGUAGGUCUGUUGAGGUUCGACCAGUAGGAGUUACAAAGGGUUCUGCUAUUGAUCGCAUAUUAGGGGAAAUAGUGCACAGUAAACCAUUGAAAUCACCAAUUGAUUAUGUCUUAUGCAUCGGUCAUUUUCUGGAGAAGGAUGAAGAUGUAUACACAUUUUUUGAGCCAGAGCUUCCCUGUGAGAAUGCAAGCCACCCAAGAAGCAAGGGUGCAUUUGAUUCUUCAAAGUUGGCAGAAAGGGCGCCACCAAAACCUCCAGCGAAUAGAAGUGGAUCAAAAGGGUCGCAUGGAAAGGGUCAACGUUCAAGUUCAAACUCAAACUCAAACUCAAACUCAGAGAAGGUGACAAAUAAUAAUCAUAACAAUGGUGGGCUGUCACGGAAACAACAACAACAACAACAACAACAACAACAACAACAACCAUUAGAGAAGACCUCCUCCUGGAACGUAUUGGACCUUAAGAAAGAUAACUACUUCUCUUGUGCCGUUGGGAGAAGUAGGACGAGUGCUCGUUACACAAUUGGAUCCUCAGAUGAUGUUGUCUCGUUUUUGACAAGAUUGGCUGAAGCAUCUUCGUCUUCGUCUUCGUCUUCGUCUGUCUCUUCAACUUCAACACCUUGACCUUAUACUACUAUUCCCUGGUUCCAUCACAAUUCUGAUUCUAUAGCCAAUAAUAUUUUAUGAUUGCAUAAUACAAGCUAGCUAGGCUGUGUCUGUUGACUGGUUCACACAGUGCUAAGUUGCUAACUCAUUUUAAUACUCAUCAUUUUCCAAAGAUAACUCCUAACAACCAAGUUUAAUUGUAUUUUUAUCCCUCAUUGAUCAAUUGGGAAGUCGGCCUGUAACUAUAUUCCUUCAAGACCCAAGUGUUUCAAUCAGCCUGAAUAAUGCUAUUAUUAUACUUAUACAUAUAGACUCGUAGCAACUAUUUCUAAUGUUUUAUUUCUAUUCGA